AUGCCUGCCAUCGAUGUCUUACCAUCUCCUGAAGAGCUUACACCUGCCUUCACCUCACAAUCUAUUCCACCUAUUGGAGAGUACUUAGGUGGUUUUACAUUGUCCAUAGAUAUUGCUAUCAUCCUAUACGGGAUUGUUACCGCACAGGCAUACUUCUAUUGGUGGACAUCACAAGAGGACUCGAGGUUACUUCGCUCUUUGGUCGCAUCCGUAUGGUAA